UUUUGGACAGCCAUCACUAAGCCCUGAUCUCAGUCCCACGGAAAAUUGGUGAGCAGAGCUUCUAAAUAAGUGAAGACCACAAAACAAACAUGACAUUUAGAUCUUCAGUCUUACCAACCUGCUAUAGUUACAGAAAACCAGAAAACAAGGCAGGAAGUCCGGUCUAACAUCAUGACAUGCUGGGGUACCUCCAUCUCUCGUACUGUCUGAUCUAAGAGGCUGCAGUACAGAAUUUAAUGAUCAGUAUGAAUAAUAGUUAAUUGUUUUGGUUCUAAGCAAACUUUUAACCCAACAGGAUGAUUAAACUGUAAUGAAAAGAUAGGCAGAGAUACUUCCAGUUUGUAUAGUGGUCAUGUAGACACGUUUCCUUUUUACAAGUGAGUCACAUCCUCUUGUACUACUUUGAGAGAUGAGAACCUGUGGUUUGUGUGGCCCAGAAAGUUCAGAGGAUAGUUUAGGUGACCUCUCUUCAGUGCAGCAUGCUGAAACCUCCCAAGACAGCAGCAGAUGGUCAAAUGGAUGCACUGAGAAACAGCGUUUUACUGCUUCUGCCAUGUUGUUUGUGCCUUCUGGAUGCCGAAGUGACUCUUGUGAAAACAAUCGGGAAGGAACCAGAUUUCAUACCAAUCUGCAUCAACGAAACAUCAAAUGACAUCAUACUAAUAGUGUGUAAGAUCAGAACGGAGAGGAGCAGUGGAGAGGAAUGUCGUCUGCUGUAUAGAGAAGGAGACGACUUUGUUCAUGAGUGUGACUCCAGGUUCACUCUUAAAACAAGGAAUCACACAGUGUUUCUGCACCUGACCAGUUUAACACCAGCUGAUAGUGGAAACUACACCUGUGAGUGUGCAAAUCUUAAUGGAACACACAUUCUUCAUCUCAACGUCACAGUUAGAGACUCGUUUCCUAAUGAUAAUCCAGCAGAUGAAGUUCGGAGCUAUUCUGCAGGAGUUGCAGUUCCUUCUGCUUUGACUGCUGCAGCUCUCCUAAUUAUUAUAGUUUCAGUUACUGUAGGAUUGAUCCACAGAAGACAUUGCACCAGUUUAAGCUCUGGAACAUCUGAAUCAUCUGUACAUGGAUGUGCCACCACUAUAGUGAUAUGAAGAUAACUCGGAUGAACUGUACCAAAGUCUUCAACAGCCAACAAGAGAUCUCUACCAAACUAUGUCCUCGGGUCACCAUCAGCAUCAAAUCGAAACAAAGUCAGCCAGCAACAAAGUAGCUGUUAGCCUGGGAGAUCUGGAAAUCAACAGGAAUUGUGAAAUCUACGAAAACCUUUGAACCAAAAUCUGUUAAGUUUGAUAAAUACUUCGCUGAAUUUCCUUGCUAUGUUUUAAUAAGCGAGAUUAAUUGUGUUAUGAUUCUGGCACGUCUGCACUACCCUGUCUCCCUGGCUGCAAUCAGCAGAUUAGAUGCACCUGGUGGGUGCUGCCGUGUAGUGCAAUCUGUGGGAUGCCAAGCACCUGUGUCU